UGCACAAUUGUAUUUGCACCCUUCAAGGGUAAAGCAAUGGCUGUGUGACAGCGACCAUUACCGAAAGCCUCGCUCCACUAUUUUCCCUUUUUCCAAACGCCACCCCUCACAAUUCUCGUCUUCCCUCACACACACAACCACUUUCUCUCUCAUUCCGUUGCCAUUUGUUUUUUCUUUGUAACCUCCGUCCGCUCCCCCCUAUCGCUCCUAGAACCUUCUCUCCUCUCACGGGGUAACGAAGCGUUGAUAAAAAAAUUCCAAGGGUUUUGUAAUCAAUUUGGGGACACCUUAUAUAGUUGAUGGCCUUUGAUCAUAACUACUAUUCCCGGGGAUGUAAAACUCUGCCACAUUCCCUUAUAGACACAGAAAAUUAUAACAAUUCCAAUGGUUGUUUUGAUUGCAACAUAUGCUUAGACUUUGCAAACGAACCAGUUGUCACGCUUUGUGGCCAUCUCUACUGCUGGCCCUGCAUCUACAAAUGGCUCCAUGUCCAGAGCGCUUCCCUUGCCUACAACCAGCAGCCGCUAUGCCCUGUCUGCAAAGCUGAAAUAUCCCAUGCCACGAUGGUUCCCCUCUACGGCCGUGGACACAGCAACCGUGAAGAGAAGGCGGCCUCAUGCAGGGACAUUUGUGUCCCGCCGAGGCCACCUGCUUCCGGUCCCUUGUCUUUGCUGUCCAUGUCUCAGAAUGGCCAGCAGCGGCUUCCUUAUCGGAAUCCUUACCAGGGUCAACACUUUAGCGUUGCGCAAGAGGAGGACAACGCUUCGCAAAUGCUGAAUCUUGGUGCUUCUGUAACGCCGGCAUUCCUCCCCCACCCUAUGGUUGGAAUGUUUGGGGAGAUGUUCUACACCAGAGUGUUUGGCAACUCAGAAAGUUUGUAUGGAUACCCAAAUUCUUAUCACACGAUGGGAAGUAUUAGCCCUAGGUUGAGAAGGCAAGAGAUGCAGGCAGAUAAGUCAUUGAACAGAAUCUCCAUUUUCCUGCUAUGUUGCUUUAUUCUAUGUCUUAUUGUCUUUUGAGGUAGCAAUUGAAAAUUGUGUUGUCUUUUUUUUCCCUUAGUUGUAUAAUUGUAAAGUGGUAUUGGUGUAAGCUUAAGAACCAGGUAGAUUAGCUUCCUUUAUAUUGGCUCAUGAUCUUGUGUUCUCCAACAAUUCAUUGCGAAAUAUCAGAGCUCAAUUUGCAGAAAAAAGAUUCCCUCUCUGAGAUUUUACAUCAUUUUGCAGAAA